AUGUCGUCUGGCGGCGAACGCAAAGUCUCGAGCUCCCUCAAUCGCAGCACACGGGGAAACACCCCUCGCCUUGCUGACCUGGGAGAAUCCCCGCGAACCCCGCUCCUCCGCUCCAUCUCGUCUACCUUUGGCUCUCCCGGUGGCUCGUUCCGCUUUGACGACGAGUUCAUCGUCAUUGAAGUCGGUUCACGCUUUGUACGUGGGGGCUUCCCUGGAGAAAGUGCCCCGCGAUGCACCCUCCCGUUCGGGCCUGAAGACCAGCGGAGGGUGGGUGACUACAGGCAGUGGGACCCGGAAUACACACAGAAGAGGCCAAAGAGGAACAAGGGCGAGGAGUGGGGAGAACGGCAUGAGCUAUACCGCCUCGACUUGACCAAGGUGGAUCUGGGCUUGGUUGAAGACAAGUUCGAGAGGGCUAUGCGCGAGGUAUACACAAAGUACUUCUUGCUGGAUACAAAGCCGCGCCGUGUCUUGCUAGCCCUGCCGCCUCGUAUGCCGCAUGCACUCAUCUCUACCAUCAUGGAUGUUUUAUUCACGAGCUUCCAAGCCCCGAGCAUUAGUCUCAUGUCUAACCCCGUACUCUCUGCUGUGGCAGCAGGACUACGUUCAGCCCUGAUUGUGGAUAUAGGCUGGGCCGAAACACUCGUCACGGCAGUAUACGAGUAUCGCGAAGUGUCUGAAAGGCGCAGUGUGCGGGCAGGCAAGAUGCUUAGCGAAGAGAUGGCCAAGCUGCUGAAUGCUGAACUAGACAAUGCUGAGCCUGGUGCUCCCAAAGCCGAUGUGUCCUUCGAAGAAGUCGAAGAAGUUCUCACCCGUGUUGGGUGGUGCAAGCCCAUUGCUAGAUCGAAUCGGAGAACCGUCUACUUUCCUGCACGAGAAGCACCCGUGCUUGAAGAAUUCGAAGACGCUAUCGAGUCACCACCACCCACCGUCACAAUCCCCUUUCCCAAACAUACGCCUCCGACAGAACUUACGAUACCUUUUGCGUCGCUCGCCAAGCCCGCAGAUGCGGCUCUCUUUGCACCAGAGCUGUCCAUCAGCGAAUUCGACGAUGAAGACCUCCCGCUGCACCACCUCAUAUACCGUACCCUUGUACAACUUCCAGUCGAUGUCCGCCGGUUGUGCAUGUCACGCAUAAUCAUCACCGGCGGUGUGUCAAAUCUUCCCGGCAUCAAGACCCGUACACUGAAGGAGCUGGAUGCAUUGGCGCAAGCAAGAGGCUGGGAUCCAGUCAAAAGUUAUGGAAAAGCAAGUGCACGCCGCGAAGAAAAGUUACGUAACCACCGGGAGAGUUUGGAGAUGCGUAAACAAGAGGGCGGGGAUACAGUGGCAACUUCUCUUGACCCACUUAAUCCUUUACAAAUAGUGCCUGCAGCAUUCCAACCGCAUGAGCAAGACGCUAUAGACAUGAAAUUGGCCCACAUGAAUCUUCGCUAUGGCCCGCCACCUGCAAGUCUGGUGGGUGGUAUUCUCAGAGGCGUCGAGACAUUGGGCCCAUGGGUAGGUGCUAGCCUCAUUGCUCAGCAACGCAUCAAGGGAAUCGUCGAGGUGGAGCGCGAAAGAUACCUUAAAGAUGGCUUGCAAGGUGCAUCUCGUGAAAAGGAAGUUUCAGUUAUUGCACAGAGACAGAGCAUGGGCCCUGGACUGGCUAAUAAAGGCGGAGAGAGGGCUAGUUGGACACUUGGUGUAUGGGCAUAG